AUGAAAAAUAAUACAGUGGACCAGAUAAUUCAGCUUUGCGAGCAGCUUGAUGUCCUGCUUUGUCUGAUCUGCGAGGCAGCUAUCAAACCCGAGGUCGAUAAGGUAGAGCACCACUACCGCAACUGCCACAAAACUGUUGGAGAGCAGCUACAGGCGGUAAUUGCAUUCGCAGCAUCGUUCUCGUCGUCGGGGUGGCGCCCCCGGACACUGCAGGAUCCAGCAGACGAGAACAUACAACUGCCACCAGAUGGAAGCGCGCCGAUCCCCGGGCUGAGGACAUAUAAGGGGUUUAGCUUCGAACUUUUCUACACACGAGACCCGCAACAGACACAGAACGCAGGUGGAAGGUACUGGAUCGUCAACCCAGCGCGGGGCGCCGAAACCACCGACGCCGAUGGCGAUCCGGCCACUGAACGCGCUGACGAUGGCGUAACUGCUGGGGAUGCUCUACUACCGCAGACCGUCCGGGCAUGUGAGAAGGAUCUAAAGAAGGCAGAGACGGAACGGCAACGUCAGGUAGAGGCACCAGGCGGAGUCGACACCGAGUCGAGAUGGGUGCAGUUUAUGAAAUGGUCGGCGCACUUGCAGCAGAGGGACAAACCGACGCUGUACCAGGCGGGGCUAUCACCGGCUUCUGCCGCAGUCGAGCAGCGGAUGUGGCCCCGCGAGCGCCGUGAAGCGAACCAGAGGCUACGUGAGCUGACCGAGAGUUUCCGGCGCGAGCUUGGCCGUUGUAUGGAGAGGCUGGAUAGGGUGCCGGACGAAACGCUCGAGUGGCUCGGCAGCAUUGACCCGACCAAGCCGGUAUCGACCCCGUUCGGCCGAAAGCAGCAGUCAGAUACGAUGGACAGGUACAGUGCGUGCUGGCAGCGGUACUUGUGCUAUUGCGUCCGGAUUCAGGCGCUUGGGCGCGAUGGGGCCAAGGCAGAGCACGGUAUCCGAUUUACGGAAGAGCAGUGGAAUUCCCUGGCUGACAUCGUCCAGCGACUUGAUACUGUUGUCGACAAGAAGAAGAGGCAGGGGCAGCAGCAGGUCACGAAGGGCAGCAGAGAAGGGGAUAGAGGAGAGGGAGAAGAAGAAGAAGAAGAAGAAGAAGACCCCGAUAAGGAGGCACUUGAUGAGGCUGUCUUCGACUUCUGCAUCAAGUCGAUUAAGCAGAAGCUUGGGAAGAAGCAGUACUACAACCCGCUGCUCCACUUCACGGCUGUACUGGGUGUCAAGGAGGAUGGCACGUGGGUACCGUCCCACACACAUACCCGGUUUCUCGCCGGUUUCUUAUGGUGCGGGCGGAUUCUGAUGCUAGAGCACUUCUUUGAGGACGACCCGUACGACUCCGACGACUCGAAUUGCGACACGAGCUUUGCGGCUAUCGAUCGGUUCCAGAAGGGUCAUCGCGACUGGCUCGCAACCGGCUCGUAUACACCGUUCAGUGCUAUUAUCCAGUGGAUGACGUACGGGAGGGGCUACCGUAAUCAGGAAGGUGGGCAAGCGCGGGUGCUAUGGGACAGUAAUGGCAUGACGCUCAACUAUCUGGGCGACAAGAUCACCGUAAACAGCUUUCAACGGGCAGCACAGGCAUUCGUGCGAGAAGCGGAGGGCUGGCUCGACAAGCUUAUGGACGGACAAUGGAGUCAGAUCCGCGAAACAAUACGGCUACAGGACAUCGCCGAUAGCUUGGUGUUUGAGGGCCCAGGGCGGUCAUUUGCGACGAACCGGAAGAAUGCAUGGCUCAAGCCGGGUGCAGAGAAGUUAACGAGGCUGUUGGGCACGACGCUGUGGAAGAUCGUCGAUGCAGGGAACGGCGGUAGUCGGGUCGAGUGCCGUAAACGGGCGAUGGAUGAGUAUCUUGGCUGGCUGCGGCAGUUCCGGUCAAGUAUGUUCCCGGUUGUGCAUGUAUGGGGAGGGCAGCCCGGGCGAGGUCCGGAGGUGUCAACGCUGAAGCACUGCGAUACCGAUCAGCUGCCGAAGAACGUGUUUGUCUUUGACGGGCAGGUGGUGCUCAUCACAGACCGGGACAAAAGCAAGGGAUUGAAUGGCAAGCAAGGCCGAAAGGUAGCGCGUUUCUUGCCUGAGGGCCCAAGCUUGAUGAUGGUGGCAUAUGUCGCAUGGCUGCUGCCGUUUGAGAAGGUGCUGCAUCGGCUCUCUGGCAUUCGAGGCCCGUCCGAAGCGAUCAGCCCGUGGCUAUGGAAGUCGGCCGAGAAGGGGAUCUGGGACACGGCAAAGCUGAGCAAGCAGCUCGCGCUUGUCACAGGUGUACAGAUUGGGGUUCAGCUAACUGUUUCAAGCUACCGGCAUGUAGCUAUUGAGAUGGGUCGUCGAAUCAAGGGAUUAAUUGUUCAGCAAGUUGAACUGGAAGCCGCCGUGGCGGACAGCGACGACGAGGCGGCCGAUCCGUUAACUGGAGAAGCACACCGACGACCGAAAGUUGAGUAUGUAUGGGACAUCCAAGCGACACACGGAAGUCGAAUCGCACGGAAUCACUAUGCCGUCAAUCUUCAAUUUCCGAGUCAGUUGCAGCCGGAGAUGUUGUCAAAUUUCCGGGAGAUCAGCCGUCUGUGGCAUGAAUUUCUGGCCCGAACUGAUGGUGAUUUCGGUGACAGGAAACGCCGGGCUCAUGACGACGAUAUUAUGCCGGUAGUCGACAGAUCAGCAAAGAGGCAAAGGCUUGCUAUAGACCGAGAGCAGGCAACUUCACCGAGACUCCCGCUGGAUGGCGACUUGGCCCCCCGCUAUGAGGAUGCAGAGAUAGAUGCUGGGCUGAAGCGUAUGCUAGGCGAAGACGCAGGAUGGAAGACGGCGCAGCAGCGCGAUGGCAUGUACCGGAUUAUGCGACUAGAGAAUGACGGCAUCCGGAGCGAGUUGCUUAUCGUGGUGCUGCCGACAGGCGGUGGCAAAAGCAUUUUAUUUAUGCUGCCGGCUUUUAUGGAAGACGAACGAGGCACGGGUGGAGGACCGGUCAGUAUUGUGGUUGUCCCGUUUGUAUCUCUUGUGCAGGACUUGGUUUCAAGGGCACGCGAGCUCGGCAUCGAUUGCAUGGAAUGGAGAAACGAUAUCGAUCAAGAGAGGGAUGAACGGCAGCGGGACGCGCGGUUGGUAGUGGUCAGUGCCGAUGUGGCCGUGAGCGAAGGAUUCACCGCAUACGUCGAGAGCAUUCGGGGUCGAGGGGCUGCUAACGGGGCUGCACCGGUUCGGGUGCCCGCUGGUGAUGCUUACUGCGACGCUGCCGGUGUCGAUGGAGGAUUGGUUCCGGGAGCGAAUGCUGGCACAGGACGCAACAAUCAUCCGAGCUCCGACGAUGAGGGUGAAUAUUCGGUACCGAGUGAAGCAGCACGAGUUAGUGCAGUGCAAGACUGGGUCGAUGGGCGGGACGGUCAGCGGUGGAUUGCGGCAACGACUGGACUGGGGACCGGUGUCGACAUCAGGGGCAUCGUUGGUGUAAUUCAUGCGGGACCGCCGUUUGGACUAGUCGACUUUGUUCAGCAGACAGGUAGAGGCGGUCGACAGAGAGGUGAGGUUGUAGACUCGGUGAUUGUGACAGAUGGAAGGGCGGGCUGGGCAAACGAGUUCGGCAGUGAUAUUGAUCACAUGAACCGUGAGGCAGUUGAAUUGUUUAUAAAGGGUGAGGGCUGUCGGCGGCAAGACUACGGUUUGCAGACUACGAGUGCUGCUGGGAGUGCGGUCUGCCGUAUAACUGGUGUAGCGUGGGACGAGUGCAGGAUUAAAGCAGGCAACUUCACCGAGACUCCCGCUGGAUGGCGACUUGGCCCCCGCUAUGAGGAUGCAGAGAUAGAUGCUGGGCUGAAGCGUAUGCUAGGCGAAGACGCAGGAUGGAAGACGGCGCAGCAGCGCGAUGGCAUGUACCGGAUUAUGCGACUAGAGAAUGACGGCAUCCGGAGCGAGUUGCUUAUCGUGGUGCUGCCGACAGGCGGUGGCAAAAGCAUUUUAUUUAUGCUGCCGGCUUUAUGGAAGACGAACGAGGCACGGGUGGAGGACCGGGCACGCGAGCUCGGCAUCGAUUGCAUGGAAUGGAGAAACGAUAUCGAUCAAGAGAGGGAUGAACGGCAGCGGGACGCGCGGUUGGUAGUGGUCAGUGCCGAUGUGGCCGUGAGCGAAGGAUUCACCGCAUACGUCGAGAGCAUUCGGGGUCGAGGGUUGCUGGAAAGGGUGUUCUUUGACGAGUGUCACACCGCUAUCAUGGACGUCAGCUACCGAGAGCGGCUAGGGCUGCUAACGGGGCUGCACCGGUUCGGGUGCCCGCUGGUGAUGCUUACUGCGACGCUGCCGGUGUCGAUGGAGGAUUGGUUCCGGGAGCGAAUGCUGGCACAGGACGCAACAAUCAUCCGAGCUCCGACGAUGAGGGUGAAUAUUCGGUACCGAGUGAAGCAGGUAAGGCCGGGGAAGACGGCAAUAGAGGACGGAGUGGUAGCUGCAAUGAAGGCGAUCGAGGAGCGAAUGGAGACAGCACAACGCGGAGUGGUAUACUGCCGCUCGAUCAAGCAGUGUGAGGCAAUAGCUGCGAUGGUUGGCUGCAAAGCGUAUCACAGCAAGCUAACGCGGGAAGCACGAGUUAGUGCAGUGCAAGACUGGGUCGAUGGGCGGGACGGUCAGCGGUGGAUUGCGGCAACGACUGGACUGGGGACCGGUGUCGACAUCAGGGGCAUCGUUGGUGUAAUUCAUGCGGGACCGCCGUUUGGACUAGUCGACUUUGUUCAGCAGACAGGUAGAGGCGGUCGACAGAGAGGUGAGGUUGUAGACUCGGUGAUUGUGACAGAUGGAAGGGCGGGCUGGGCAAACGAGUUCGGCAGUGAUAUUGAUCACAUGAACCGUGAGGCAGUUGAAUUGUUUAUAAAGGGUGAGGGCUGUCGGCGCGAUAUGCGGGCAGAAUACUGUGAUCGGUGCUUAAGGGAAACUGAUAAGGUGAAUGGCGGAGAAGAUAGGGAAGAAGGAAGGGUUCUGGUGGUUAACCGACUGAAGGAGAGCGUGCAGGAGGAGAGCCGGCGGAUGACGAGGCUGUAUAGCUGGCUAGAUCGAGUGCGGGAGGUAGGAUGCUCGGUAUGCUUUGUUAAGUGGCACAUACACGGGGCAAAGGAGGAAAAUAAAGGGAGGAUAGAGCAUGAGCGGAAGGACUGCAAGCUGCUAAAGCAGAAGGAUUUUGAUCGAUGGCAGGCAAGACUACGGUUUGCAGACUACGAGUGCUGCUGGGAGUGCGGUCUGCCGUAUAACUGGUGUAGCGUGGGACGAGUGCAGG